AUGGAUUUUGCGCCUGUUGAUCAGCACCAGCACCAGCACCAAAAUGCUGCUACGCUUCUAUGUUGUAACUGUGGUACCCCGAUUGAUGGGUCUACCGGGUUGGUUAUGUGUUUCGACUGUAUCAAGUUGACUGUGGACAUUACUCAAGGUAUUCCUAGAGAGGCUAACAUUUCGUUUUGUAGAAACUGUGAAAGAUUUUUGCAACCACCUGGACAAUGGAUCAGAGCCGAACUAGAAUCUAGAGAAUUGUUGGCUAUUUGUUUGCGUCGUUUGAAGGGUCUGACCAAAGUCAGAUUAGUGGAUGCUUCCUUUAUUUGGACAGAACCUCAUUCCAGACGUAUCAGAAUCAAGCUUACCGUGCAGGGGGAAGCUAUGACAAAUACGAUUAUUCAGCAGACUUUUGAAGUGGAAUAUAUUGUUAUCGCUAUGCAAUGCCCAGACUGUGCUAGAUCCUACACCACGAACACGUGGAGAGCUACCGUUCAAAUCAGACAAAAAGUGGCUCACAAGAGGACAUUUUUGUUUUUGGAACAAUUGAUUUUGAAACAUAACGCUCAUGUGGAUACUAUUUCUAUCAGUGAAGCUAGAGACGGUUUGGAUUUCUUCUACGCUCAAAAAAAUCAUGCUGUUAAAAUGAUAGACUUCUUAAACGCUGUUGUUCCAAUUAAGAACAAAAAAUCUGAAGAACUUAUCUCUCAAGAUACCCAUACCGGUGCGUCUACUUAUAAAUUUUCAUAUUCUGUUGAGAUUGUCCCAAUCUGUAAAGAUGAUUUGGUAGUUCUACCUAAGAAACUGGCUAAAUCCAUGGGUAAUAUCUCUCAACUCGUCUUAUGUUCUAAGAUUUCCAACACUGUCCAGUUUAUGGAUCCAACAACUUUACAAAUCGCGGAUCUGUCGCCAUCCGUGUACUGGAGAACACCAUUUAGCUCCUUGGCAGACGUCACCCAAUUAGUCGAAUUCAUAGUCCUGGACGUGGAUUCUACAGGUAUAAGUAGGGGUAAUCGUGUUUUGGCAGAUAUAACCCUUGCUAGAACUUCAGAUUUGGGUGUCAACGACCAAGUUUACUAUACCAGAUCUCAUCUCGGUGCUAUUUGCCAUGCAGGUGAUAGUGUCAUGGGUUAUUUCAUUGCUAAUUCCAACUACAAUUCAGAUCUGUUUGAUGGAUUAAAUAUCGACUAUGUGCCCGAUGUGGUUCUUGUGAAGAAAUUGUACCAAAGAAAGAGCAAGAAGAGUAGACACUGGAAGUUGAAGAGAAUGGCUAAGGAACACAAGGAUAUUGACGCCUCUCUGGAUUACAACUCGAAAGCCCAAAAGCAAGAAAUGGAACGUGCCGAGAAAGAUUACGAAUUAUUCUUGCAAGAAUUGGAAGAGGAUGCUGAAUUAAGACAAAGUGUUAACCUAUAUAAAAACCAAGCACCAGCUGCGCCUACUGAAGAGCAUGAUAUGGAUGAAGAUGAAGACGAAGAUGCUCCACAAAUUAAUAUCGAUGAACUACUGGACGAAUUGGACGAAAUGACUUUGGAUGAUGGAGCCGAAGCUGCCCCCGUAGAAGCUCAGCAAUAA